AGGGGCGGGGAGCCGCCGCUCGAGGCACCGAGCGGAUCCCGAAGGCCGCUCCGCCGCCGGCAGCACCCGCGGCCCCCUCCUUUCGCGGCGAGGGGAGGGGGGGAGGCCGGCGGUAGCGCCGCCAACAUGUCGGGCCGCGGGCACCACAAACUGCCGACCACAGAGCGCAUCGUCAAGGCCGUGCCGUUCCCCCCCACGCAGCGGCUGACGCUGAAGGAGGUGUUUGAGGACGGCAAACCGCGCCUGGACGUCCUCAAGAGCCACCUGGUGAAGGAGGGCCGCCUGGAGGAGGACGCGGCCCUGAAGAUCAUCAACGACGGCGCCGCCAUCCUGCGGCACGAGAAGACCAUGAUCGAGGUGGAGGCUCCCAUCACAGUGUGCGGGGACAUCCACGGGCAGUUCUUCGACCUGAUGAAGCUGUUUGAGGUGGGAGGAUCCCCCAACAACACCCGCUACCUCUUCCUGGGAGACUACGUGGACAGGGGCUACUUCAGUAUAGAGUGCGUGCUGUAUUUAUGGAGCUUGAAGAUAAACCAUCCCAAAACGCUGUUCCUCCUGCGAGGGAACCACGAGUGCAGGCACCUGACCGAGUAUUUCACCUUCAAGCAGGAGUGUCGGAUCAAAUAUUCGGAGCGGGUUUACGACGCCUGCAUGGACACCUUCGACUGUCUUCCUCUCGCCGCCCUCCUCAACCAACAAUUCCUGUGCGUCCACGGGGGGCUGUCUCCAGAAAUCACCUGUCUAGACGACAUUCGGAAAUUAGACAGGUUCAAGGAGCCCCCCGCCUUCGGGCCCAUGUGCGACCUACUGUGGUCCGACCCCUCGGAGGAUUACGGCAGCGAGAAGUCGGUGGAGCACUUUGCCCACAACACCGUUCGGGGCUGCUCCUAUUUCUAUAGUUAUCCUGCAGUUUGUGAUUUUUUGCAGAACAACAGUUUGCUUUCUGUAAUCCGCGCUCACGAGGCCCAGGAUGCGGGGUACCGAAUGUACAGGAAGAGCCAGACCACGGGCUUUCCCUCCUUAAUCACCAUCUUCUCUGCGCCCAAUUACCUGGACGUCUACAACAACAAGGCUGCUGUCCUCAAGUACGAGAACAACGUCAUGAACAUCAGGCAGUUCAACUGCUCCCCGCACCCCUACUGGCUGCCCAACUUCAUGGACGUCUUCACGUGGUCGCUGCCUUUUGUGGGGGAGAAGGUCACCGAGAUGCUCGUUAACAUCCUCAACAUCUGCUCUGACGACGAGCUGAUUUCCGACGGCGACGAGACGCUGGAAGAUCACUACAUUUCAAGCUAUCAGAAAGGUGGGACGACCGUCCGCAAGGAGAUCAUCAGGAACAAGAUCCGAGCCAUUGGGAAGAUGGCGCGCGUCUUCUCCGUCCUGCGAGAGGAGAGCGAGAGCGUGCUGACGUUGAAGGGCCUGACCCCCACAGGCACGCUGCCCCUGGGCGUGCUGUCCGGGGGGAGGCAGACCCUGCAGACCGCCACAGUAGAAGCGGUAGAGGCACGGGAAGCCAUCCGGGGCUUCUCCCCGCAGCACAAGAUCCGCAGCUUCGAGGAGGCUCGGGGUCUGGACCGCAUCAACGAGCGCAUGCCGCCACGCCGGGACUCGCUGCACGCCGACGGGGCGCUGCACCUCCACCCCAGCCCCAGCCCUGCCGACAAGAACAACGGCAAGAAGAGCCCCUAACGGCGCCUGGCAGCGGCCCUCAGAUUUUAUUUAUUUAUUGAUAUUUGGGAUGGGGGGGGGGGGGGGGGGGGGUUGGGGGGAGCCGCUUUCAGCCGCAGGCACCGCCGCGCUCCCGUCCGCAUGUCGCCAGGUGCCCGUCCUGUUUCUUUGGGUUCUAAUUUAUGUUCCAUAUAUAUAUAUGUACAUACACACACACACAUAUAUAUCAAAUAGCCCCUUUUUUCGGAGGUUGAGAAGCCGGCCCCGGUGCAGGGCGCUGCUGCAGGCGCUGCGCUGCUCCCCGGCAGCCCCCAGCCUGGCCCUGCUGGGCCUCCUGCUGCUCCGUGCUCCCCCCGUCCUUCAGCCCUGCUGAACCCUCGGGUCCCAAAGCAGGGGGGAGGCAGCGCUCCCAUCCCCCCCCUCCAUCUGCAUCUCCCUGGGCUCCUUUCGGAUCCCCCCCAUCCCACCUCCAGCUCUUUGGGACCCUUUGGGUCCCCCGCUCCACCUGCAUCCCUCUGUGGCUCCUUCCUUUUGGUUCCCCCCCAUCCCAUCUCCACCUUUUUGGGCACCUUCAUUUUGUUUCGGGUCCUUUGGGUCCCAUCUGCGUCCUUUCGGGCUCCUUCCCUUUGGCUGCCCCCGUCCCAUCUGUGUUCUUUUGGGAUACCUGGUUUUUUUGGGCUCCUUCCCUUUGCCUCCACCUCUCCCAUCUCCAUCUUUUUGGGCUCAUUUGCAGCUUUUCGGGCCCCUCGCUUUGGAUCCUCCACUCCACCUUCAUCUUUGGGUCCUUCGCUUUGCCUCCCCCCAUCCCAUCUCUGUGGGGUCCUUCACUUUGGGGCCCUCACUGCACAUCGGCCUUUUUGGGGUCCUUCACUUUUUGGGGCCCUUCUUUUUGGAUCCCCCCCCCUCCAUCAUUUUGGGGCCCUUCCUUUUCAAUCCCCCUCCCCAUCUUUUUGGGCCCCUUCCUCUUCGAUUCUCCCCCCUCCAUCUAUUUGAGCCUCUUCCUUUUCGACCCCCCCCCCCCCCCCCAUCUUUUUGGGGCCCUUCUUUUUUGACCCCCCUCCCAUCUUUUUGGGCCCCUUCCUCUUCGAUCCCCCCCCCCUCCAUCUGCACCUUUUUGAGACCCUUCGCAUCUUUUUCACCCCCUUCCCUUCAUUCCCACCCACCCCGCCUUCACCUUUUGGGGCUCCUUUGCUUUUUGGGGCCCUCCCCCAUUGCUGCCAGCACAGUUUGGGGUCACAGGGGGGUCCGAUGGGGGUCUGUGUGCAGAGGCUGCCAUGGGAGGAGGUGGGAAGCGCUGCCCCCCAGCCCCACGUCUCCCCCCCCCAUUUGGGUGUUUGCAUGUGGUAGCAGAGGUGCAUGUGAUGGGGAGGGGAGGCGGCGCCAGGCUGGGGGUCUCAGUGCAGCCCAGCCCCCCCCCGGCCUGCAGUCGCCUCCUUUGUAUCGUAUCGUAUCGUAUUGGAUUUGAUUUCAUUUCUUGCUUUUAUUUUAUUUUAUUUUAUUUUUUGUUUUUUAGCUCUGUUGAAAGGGAAGAAAAAAAAAAACAAAGAAAGAAAGAAAGGCAAAAACCAACGGUGGCAACGUUAUUUAUUGGCAGAAAUAUUUAAUAGAGUUUUGUUUGUUUUUUGUGA